UAUUUUGGCAGCAUUGUGUUCUCUCUUCCAGAAAAAGACAAAAGUGUGACGAGAGUUAAUUUUACAAAAUAUUUAAUUAAAAUUAAUAAAUAUGUCGACACUCGCUGCCGCUUUGUCCGUUGCAGGAACCCGGUAUUCUGGAGCGCCAGUUAGAACACAAAAUGUGAUGGCUGCCGCAGCAAUAGCCAACAUUGUAAAAAGUUCCCUGGGGCCGGUUGGCUUGGACAAGAUGCUGGUAGAUGACAUUGGUGAUGUCACAGUCACAAAUGAUGGAGCAACCAUUCUCAAAAUGUUGGAAGUGGAGCACCCAGCUGCCAAGGUGCUGGUGGAGUUGGCACAGCUGCAGGAUGAGGAGGUGGGGGAUGGCACCACAUCGGUGGUCAUCAUUGCUGCUGAGUUGUUAAAGAAUGCAGAUGAACUGGUCAAAAACAAGAUUCAUCCGACCAGUGUCAUAUCAGGAUACCGGCUGGCCUGCAAGGAAGCUGUCAAAUAUAUUCAGGAUAACCUGACAGUCACUGUGGAGUCCCUCGGAAGAGCUUCAAUUAUUAAUGCUGCCAAGACCACCAUGUCAUCCAAACUUAUAGGGGCUGAUGCAGACUUUUUCUCCGAAAUCAUUGUGGAUGCUGCCCAAGCUGUGAAGACAAACGACUCAAAAGGGAACGCUGUGUACCCAAUCAAAGCUGUCAACGUAUUGAAGGCUCACGGACGGAGUGCCCGGGAGAGUGUACUGGUGAAGGGUUACGCGUUAAACUGUACCGUCGCUUCACAGCAGAUGCCAAAGAAGAUUAUCAAUGCCAAGAUAGCUUGCCUUGACUUCUCGCUGCAAAAGACCAAGAUGAAGAUGGGUGUUCAGGUGCUUGUAUCAGACCCUGAAAAGCUAGAAGCAAUCCGUGCCCGUGAACUCGACAUCACCAAGGAGAGGUUGCAGAAGAUUCUCUCAACUGGUGUCAAUGUGAUCCUCUGUUCAGGAGGCAUUGACGACCUGUGCCUCAAGUACUUUGUGGAGGCAGGCGCUAUGGGAGUGAGGCGGGUCAAGAAGAGUGACUUGAAGAGGAUCGCUAAGGCCUCUGGCGCUGCUUACCUCACAUCACUUACUAAUAUGGAUGGUGAGGAGGUGUUUGAGCCGAGCAUGGUGGGUGAAGCUGCAGAAGUGGUGCAGGAACAGGUCUGCGACGACCAACUCAUAUUGAUUAAAGGACCCGUGGCGCGCACGGCGGCGUCCAUCAUCCUGCGCGGGCCGACGGACGCGUACUGCGACGAGAUGGAGCGCUCGGCGCACGACGCGCUGUGUGCCGUGCGCCGCGUGUUGGAGUCGGGCCGCCUCGUGCCCGGCGGCGGCGCCGUCGAGUGCGCGCUCUCCAUAUACCUGGACAACUUCGCCACCACGCUGAGCUCCCGCGAGCAGCUGGCGAUCGCCGCGUUCGCGCAGUCGCUGCUGGUGAUCCCCAAGACGCUGUCGGUGAACGCGGCGCGCGACGCCACCGACCUGGUCGCCAAGCUGAGGGCCUACCACAACUCCUCGCAGACCAAGGUAGAACACGCCAACCUCAAGUGGGUGGGCUUGGACCUACUGGAAGGCACACUGCGCGACAACCUCGCCGCGGGGGUGCUCGAGCCAGCCAUCUCCAAGAUAAAGUCGCUCAAGUUCGCCACGGAGGCGGCGAUCACUAUCCUGCGCAUAGACGACUUGAUCAAACUGGACCCCGAGCAGAAGGGCAAGAGUUACGAGGACGCGUGCAACGCCGGGGAGCUAGACUAGUGUAUAACACAAACUAAUCUCAGUGCUUUAAUAAAGUAUUGAAAAGUAUUAUGCUUUUCGUCAAUCACAAGAACCGAGGACCGUAAGAGACAUUCAGACAGAAAACACGCCUUUAUUUUGGUUCAUUUACACGAGCAGUACGUUGCCAAUGGCAGCUGGCAACUGCUGCCGAUGACUGCAGUCGACUGCAGUCGGCGGCACUUAUUACAAUAAAGUAACUUAAAAACUCUUUAUAAAAGAAUGGCUAAAUACUAUGCGUCAGUAACUCAGACCAAUUAUAGAAGGACCAGUAUCGCACCCAUAUUCACAAACGAAUUUUUCUGUCAUUUUCUAAGGAAAACGAGCUUAGAUUUAGUGUAUAUCUUUCACUAAACUAUAAGUUUUUGCCCGUUUUUUACAUUAUUCAACUAUACAAAAAGAUAUUUUUACGGAGCUCGUUAACCGACGAAUACGAUUACAACUAUGAAACAUCGAUGCUAUAGAGACAGUUUUUAUAUUCGCAUUAGAUCGUUGAUCAUAUACUUUGACAGAAAAUUAACGCAUAGCGAGGCAGGUCCUGUACAAUAGUUGGCCUGAGGUCAGUAAUGACAAUUUAAAUGUUGCUUGUAAAAAUUUUGUCAAUCAAAUGCAAUUGGCAAUGCAUUAAAAAUCAUCAAAUUGCAAUAGAUGAUAUUGUUUUGAAUGUCUCAGCGAGUAAGAAAUGGUUUUAACAAAACAUAAUAUUAACGAAUGAAUAGGAAAUAAUUAUAUUUAUAGAAACAUCAAAUUCAUGGCCUUAACAAUUACUACAUUCGAUUUGUGUAUAUUUUACUAAUGUGUACCAGAAAAUAUAUAUAAAUGGAAUAAAAAUACAAUAAUCUUUUUGGGAAGUUGGUGAUUUUAUAUACAACUUGAACUUUUGUGUACUGUGAAGUCAAAGUCAAAGUCAAAAUUCAUUUAUUUCUCUUUCUCUUUUGAAACGUCAGGUAAUAAUAAUAUUAAAAUUAUAAUGAAAUAAUAUAAUAUUUACUUCCAAAACUACAGUCAUAUUCGUAUGGUUCUUAAGAAUGAAUAUUCGUUACAGGGAAUUUCACAAAUUUAAUAAAUAUAAACCAAACAUAAGGGCAUGUCACAAUAGGGAAUAUUUGUAAUAAUACGUAACGCAUUUUUUAUUAUAAUUAUUUUAACAGAAUAUGGUUUAGUGUUUUUUUUUGCUCAUUAAUGUUAAUUUAUAGUGGCUAAGGCUUUGUUAGCGUAAUGGAAUAGUAUAUUAUACCCGCCUAAUUUUAGGUAUUUAAAAUGCAUCUAAAAAGCGGAUCUUGUUAAAAAAUAUGAAUACCAUAUAACUGACAUAGAUUUUGCGGAUUACAAAGCGGAUAAAACCCCAUUAGCUCGUAACGUUACGUUACGUUGCGACUGUCGAUUUUCAUGUAUGUAUUUAAAAAUGAGAUGGCACUUGAUGGAACCUGUCACCAGCGGUUUCGGGCGAGCGAAAAAACCAAACACGAUCAGUUUAAAUCAGUGCCGCGUUGCAAGAACCAGCUCAUGACUAAGGGUCCCGUAUAGGUUCGAAACUAGUCUGGCAUACUCCGACCUUAUAUCACGUGAGUUUUAGCCGUGUUUUACAAACAAAUAAUAUGAAUAACACGUUUGUCUAUAGUAUUUUUUACGUAACUAUUCACCACAAGAUGGCGCUUUAAUACAGGAAAACAGUAUGUAAAACCAUUGUCUGAGGGCGCCACUGACACUAAAAUAAAUACUUUGCAACAGUAGUGUGCUAGUAGAAGAAAAUACUUUUAAUUUCUGCAACAAUACGAGAUAUAUCAUUUUUUUGCUCGUGCUUUAACGUUAUUAUGCUUAAAAAACAGAUGGCGCUGCCAUAGAUUGGUUCAAACGAAAUUUUGUUACAUGUGUAGGUCUAUCUAUGUAUUAUUAUAAAACUUAAUUAAAAUAAUUUUUAAUUAUCA